AUGUCGACGUCGAAACGCCUGACGAAGGUCCUCGACCCGACCAAGAUCGGAACCUGGAGACUGGUGCGACGGCCGCCGAUUGAGAACCACACGGUGAUUCAGGGGAAGCCGCGGGAGCAAAACUCGAAUGCCUUCAAGCAGCAUCAGGUGCAGGAGGGAGUGCGGCUACGCAAGGCGUUGAACUCCCUCACCCACGGCAAGAACAUCUUUGUCUAUCACAACAUUCGAACGAACCAGGUUGUCUACUCGCUGACGCGAUACUUGGAGAAGGAUAAUGCGUUGAAACAACUCGUCUUCCACGGCAAGAAGACCGUGCCCGCGACCCUCCGCAAAGACAUGUGGGUGCCAUACUACUCGGUGCACUUCCAAGACAAGCAGAUCGGUCUACGAGCGUACCAUCUGCUGCGGGAGUUUGCCCUGCAGCGGCAGCUGAGCCCGCCGCGGGAGAUGAUUACGAUCACGGACUCGUGGCUGUCGCAGAGACGGCCCCGCGACCCCGUGCAGGCCAAGGAGUUUGACGACAAGUACGCCACCAAGCGCGGCUGGCUGAUGGAGAAGAAGGACCGGGCCCGCGCCCUGAUGGACCAGAAGGCCACCAGCGUCGCCGACGUGGCCGCCGUGCUGGCCAUCCAGGAGGAGGAGAUCGCCAACGGCUUCGCGGACGGGAAGAGAGGCUACCUCACCCGCCGGGCGCGCCAGCGCCGUCGUGAAGCCCGCGCCAAGGAAGAGGAAAAGACCGCCGAGCGGGCAGAGCGCAUCGCCCGCUUCGCGACCCUGCUCAGCGACCCGGGCUUGGAGGUGAAGAUCGAGGAGCAGGCGGCCGAGGGCGACGCCUUCCUCCUCGCCGAGAACGACGUCAAGAUCCUCUGGAUGGAUCUGCAGGACGCCCGCUUUGCUGAGACGUGGCCCACGCGUGUCCAGCACGGCGAGCUCGAUCAGUCCUACGACCACGUCAUCUCGGGCCAGAAGGCUCUCGAGGGAGCAGGCGAGCUUCUGGCGCAGGGCGUCUUCCAGGAGAAAAACAUGACGGAGAAUACCAAGUCGGCAUAG